GUUUUCAGUCCACGCCAGGAAGUGAAUACUGCUGAUGAAAUAAAUCAACCAAAAUAUCAGUUAUAGGGAGAGCAGUGGAUAAAGUGCAGCUAAUUCAUGCGUUUCAGCGUGGAACGCAUAAGGAAAUUGCUCGCUUCCGGGUUGUGGAACGCAAAGACCGGAAGCGCUGACUUCUUGUACCCCAGCUUCCCUGGGUGCCCCUGAGAUGGGCCUCCUUCCUGCCCAGAAAGCCUUUUUCCCUUUACAUUCUUUGGAGUCCCUGCUCAAUCUCUUUCGCUGGGAGCUGUCUCGCCCUGAACCAGAUUUGGCCUUGCUGUCUCUCACUGUUGGAUAUGUUGAACACUUUCUGGCAGUCAACCGUGUUGUGCCAACUAACGUGACUGGCAAGUUAGAUGGGGGCCCAGAUUUAUUAGCAAAGAUAUCUGGAGAAGGAAAUAAGGUGGGAAGUGGAGAAGCCAUAAAGCAUAAACCCCAAGAUGGCCCUAAAGCAGAGCAGGGAAAAAGGGGAACAAGAAAGGGGAGCACUGGAGGGCAUGGAAAGAAAGAAAGAGACUCCAGUCCUGGGGAAGUUGCUGCAACAAACCCAACAAAGGAGGGUGGAAAGGCAGGGAAAGAUAAUACAGAGGUGAAGAAGGAUAAAGAAGUUGUAAAUGAAGAAAGCACUUCCAGCGAGAGGACAAAGACUUCAUCAAUAAAAGAGAACACGUCCGUAGAUACAGCCCCACAAGGAGUCCCAUACUUCCCUAUAAUGGAACUGUCUGUGGCACAAGCCCUGCACGCUCGUUUCACAGCUCAGACACGAGGGGCAGUGGAUUUAUCUUGUUACCCUCGAGAAAAUGGAGUAUCAGGUCGAGAUUUAAUCCGUAGGGUAUCUGACGUCAUUUGGAAUGGACUGAGCAGAUCCUACUUUAAAGAUCGUGCCCAUAUACAGUCUUUAUUCAGCUUUGUGACAGGCACCAAGUUGGACUCACCGGGGGUGGCGUUUGCGGUGGUAGCCGCCUGCCAGGUCCUUGGCCUCUCCGAUGUACACUUGGCUCUCUCAGAGGAUCAUGCAUGGGUGGUGUUUGGAAAGGAUGGUGAGCAGACUGCUGAGGUGACCUGGCAUGGAAAAGGCAAUGAGGAUCGAAGGGGGCAGUCUGUGAGCACUGGCGUCACUGAGAAGAGCUGGCUGUACUUAAAUGGACGAUAUUUGCGCUGUGAUCGACACAUGGAGGUGGCUUUUAUGGUGUGUGCUAUUAACCCAUCUAUAGAUGCUCACACUGACAGUCUGGAGUUACUACAACUACAACAGAGGCUGCUGUGGUUGCUGUUUGAUGGCGGUUACCUGGACAAGUACCCAAUGGCUUUAGGUAAUCUGGCUGACCUGGAAGAUCUAGAUCCAACCCCUGGACGACCAAAACCACUGGAGCUGUAUUACAAGGCUGUGUCCUCCUCCCGAACACACUAUGAGAACCAGCACUUGUAUCCUCACGUAUAUCUGGCUGCUUAUCAUUGCCGCUAUAAGAAUGUGCCAGACGCUUUAAAAGCCUGGGCAGAGACUGCUGCGGUUAUCCAGGAGUACAAUUACUGCCGUGAGGAUGAAGAAAUCUACAAGGAUCUGUUUGAUAUUGCCAAUGAUCUGUUACCCAACAUUCUUAAGGAGGCAGCUAUGCCCUCUGACAACCCAUCUGAGUCUGCCCUUCAGGAUCCAUCGUGCUUCGCAAACCUGCUACGUUUUUAUGACGGGAUCUGUAAAUGGGAGGAGGGCAGCCCCACGCCUGUUUUGCAUGUGGGUUGGGCUACGUUCCUAGUACAGUCACUUGGUAGAUUUGAUGCACAGGUUCGACAGCAAGUGACUCUUACGAGUGCAGAUGCUUCUAAUGAAGACGAAGAGUCUGAGGACAUGAGGAGAAGGGGACCUCGUCGGGAGACUAAAAGUGGAGAGCCCACCCCAGCUGUUCCUCAGCGGGGUCCUUCCAGCGAGCAGCAAGGGGAAGCAGCAGAGCCUGCAGAAGAUCUAACACUCACUUUCCAUAGUGAGAAAAUGAAAGGGAUGAAGGAGCUUCUGGUGGCAUCAAAAGUCAACUCAAGUGCCAUCAAGCUGCAGCUCACUGCUCAGUCUCAAGUACAGCCAAAGCGAGCCAGAGGAUCUGGGUCUAGAGAUUACAACCUUGGAUAUCUGAAGAGACAGCGCAAAGGGCCAUGAGAAAAAUGGGGGGGGAAAUAAAAAUGAAACUGAGGUUAAAAUAAAUGUUUUUGUUAGAAUUAAUGUAAUUUUUUUUUCUCCAAUAAAUGUUUUAUAAUGUA